GGCUGGCGGAGAAGCAGGGUGGCGGCGAGGGGGUGGGGGCCUAGAAGGGUAAGUCCCCUCCUUCGCCGGCUGCCCACCCACUCACCCACCGCAAGCCAGCUUUUUUCUUGUUAUUUGUGCUCUGGGAAAGCACGCCGGGCUCCUGGAAGAGCCGCCUGUUACCUGGGCUUUCAGGAAAAGCCGCAGCCCCGGGAUCUGCGCCUGUCCCCGCCCCCACCCUGGGGCCUCAGAGCAUCUGGGCCACCCUGUCCGGGAAGAGGCCCUGCACUCGGCCAGCAGCCUGGAGAGUCACCGAGGGAUGAGGACGCCACAGCCCGGGGGAGCACCCUUUCUGCUCUCGCGGCCCCGAGCGCGCAGCGCCCAGGAGCCGGAUAGAGCCUGACGCCCUGUCGUCUCCCCUCGCGCACAGGGCUCUGCGAGUGAUCCGGCCGGCCAGCUCCCUGCUGCAUGGAACGGCUGCAGAAGCAACCACUUACCUCCCCUGGGAGCGUCAGCUCCUCCCGAGGCUCCAGUGUUCCGGGCUCUCCCUCCAGCAUCGUGGCCAAGAUGGACAAUCAAGUGAUGGGCUACAAGGACUUGGCUGCCAUCCCCAAGGACAAGGCCAUCCUGGACAUCGAGAGGCCUGACCUCAUGAUCUACGAGCCCCACUUUACCUAUUCUCUGCUGGAACACGUGGAGCUGCCCAGAAGCCGGGAGCGCUCGCUGUCACCCAAAUCCACAUCCCCCCCACCAUCCCCAGAGGUGUGGGCGGAGAGCCGGUCCCCUGGAACCCUCUCUCAGGCUUCAGCCCCAAGAACCACUGGCACGCCCCGGACCAGCCUGCCCCAUUUCCACCAUCCUGAGACCACCCGCCCAGAUUCCAACAUCUACAAGAAGCCACCCAUCUACAAGCAGAGAGAGUCCACAGGAGGCAGCCCUCAGAGCAAGCACCUCAUUGAAGACCUCAUCAUCGAGUCGUCCAAGUUCCCUGCAGCGCAGCCUCCCGACCCCAACCAGCCAGCCAAGAUCGAAACAGACUACUGGCCGUGCCCCCCGUCGCUGGCCGUUGUGGAGACAGAGUGGAGGAAGCGGAAGGCGUCGAGGAGGGGGGCAGAGGAGGAGGAGGACGACGAUGACGAUGACUCCGGGGAGGAGAUGAAGGCUCUCAGGGAGCGUCAGAGAGAGGAACUCAGUAAGGUUACUUCUAACUUGGGAAAGAUGAUCUUGAAGGAAGAGAUGGAAAAGUCACUGCCUAUCCGACGGAAAACCCGCUCUCUGCCUGACCGGACACCCUUCCAUACCUCCUUGCACGUGGGAACAUCGAAGUCUUCUUCCCUCCCCGCCUACGGCAGGACCACCCUGAGCCGGCUUCAGUCCACAGACUUCAGCCCAUCCGGGAGCGAGACCGAAAGCCCAGGCCUGCAGAUCUAUCCUUACGAAAUGCUGGUGGUGACCAACAGGGGGCGAACCAAGUUGCCUCCAGGUGUGGAUAGGAUGAGGCUUGAGAGGCACCUGUCAGCAGAGGACUUCUCAAGGGUCUUUUCUAUGUCUCCCGAAGAGUUUGGCAAGCUGGCUCUGUGGAAGCGAAACGAACUCAAGAAAAAGGCCUCUCUCUUCUGAUGGCCCCCACCUGCUCUGUGACUGACCCUCACCCUUGCUGCUUCAGGGCUCUGGAGCUGGGGUCACUAGACCCCAAAGCAUCAUCUCUGCGGGGAGCAGGGUGGUGGGGCAGAGGUGGGGUUGGCUCCGUUGCUGAGGUCGAGGGAGAGCGAGGCCUCUGCAGUGCUGGGGCUUGGGGACGUGGACCUCCUUCCCCAUGAUGAGCUAGGGGUGGGGGCCCCUUCUCUCAUCCCUGGUCCUCGCUGCACAGGGCAAACCCAGCGUGCACUCCAGCACACGCAGAGAUAGUGUCUGCACCCUCUCCCUGCCCCCACCCCCGUGUGAAGGUCCCCAGAAGAGAGUGACGAGAUACGAACAUGACACUUAAUGGUCAGGCCUGUCUGCUGUCCCGACCAAUGGGUGGGAAGAACCCUCGGGCCUGGUAGGAGGCACGUGAGGGUGGGAAGCAGCCACGCAGGCAGAGAGCGCCCAGGACCCUGUGCACCCAAGCACUCCUCCGCAGCUCACCUGGGACGGGUUCCCCUGCACCUGGGCCUCCCGCCGCUCAGCCUCCAGCAGGGAGGCCACCCAGCCCUCUAGCUCACCCUGUCCUCUCCUUGUGACCCCCAAGCUUCAAAGCCUCUUGCUCCAGCCCUGAGGCUUCCCUAGAAGCCUCGGCUUAGAGUGGAGAUGUCGCCUAUACAGACCCCCAGCCCAACAUCAGCCUUCAGGCUGAGUCGGCUAGAAUGCUACCUUCUAGCAUCCAGGGCCCGGGCAGAGCCCAGGCCUUUGGGCUCCCCUGGACGGGAUGAGGAGCCAGGCUGAGAGUCCUGGCUACCAGGUCCCACCCACACCCCUGCAUCCCCCACCAUGCUCUCUAAAGAAUGUAAUUUAUUGGGGCACCCCCCAGCUGCUUUCCUCACCUAACUCUCUGCCCUACCUUAAUCACGCUCCCAGCUUUUCUUCUCUCCAAAUACACGUGUAUAUAAUUAUAUAUAUAUAUUUUGGCCGGGGUCUGGGUUUUGUUCCUGCCCAGACCCCGACAUCCCUUUCCGCCGUGUGUGUGUGAUGAUGCUGGGGGAGGGGGACUCUGCUUGGAAUUAAAAGGUUGCAUCGGGGC